UAGUGAGAUGUCGUAGCCACGUCGGGCAUGUACAUACCUUGAUCGAUCCUCAAGAUGAUGUCGUUUCGGUACACUUCGAUGGUGGCGGUGGCGUUAUGGCGAUUUCGAAGAUGUCAUGAAGAAGCCCGGAUCAUUCUAAGGCUUCUUUAUAAUAAAGCUAUGAUCAUACAAGACAUUUUUAAAACAUUUUGACUGGCUGUGAAAUAGUAAAAUUAUCAAGUCUCCAGAAAUUUUCUAUCUUGUAACCAAUUACAUUUCAGAAAAUUUAUUAUAUGAUAAAAUGUUAACCUUACUUUUUCGUCAUACAACUUGAUGUGAUAGUGACACGUGUUUUUGUUAAAACUAUGUUGCUUAUAUUUUUCAACUUUUCUCAUUUUUGUUUAAUAUUUUGAUUAUCUUUAUAUCUAUAUUUCAUUUUAAGAACAGAAAAUAUGUUAUAAAGAAUAGAUGAGGAAUAGUCAUUGUAUAGUGCAAUAUAAAAAGAAUCAUUGAUCAUUUAUUUGUUUCGAUUCGAUGGAAGGUUUCUGGACUGGUUUCUGCAUAAAAUCUAUCAUUGAUGAUAUUAUUUUUUAUUUUACUGGUGAUACACAUAAAAAGUCAUCGGCAAUCAAAGUAAAUAGUGAGAAUUUAUUGGUAAAUGGAGAGUUACAUUUUCUAUGCAAUUUUAAAGCAUGGAGGAAUCUCUUUACUUGCUCCAAAAAUUGUAUAAAUAUCCUGCAACAUCUUGCACAUGCACAUGGUGCAACGAAAGACGAUAUAGACGCGGAUACGGCUGAAGAGAUCUUUGAACAGUUAAUAUUAAAAAGUAAUAACUGGCCAAUAAGGAUACAAAGAUGUAUGUUACAAAAGGAAAGGGUCUGCUUAUUUCUGAAUCGAGAAGAUAUCAUUGCGAGCAGUAUAAAGAUGGCUGUUGAAUGCAAGAUGACACUUGGAAAAAUUAAAUCAACUGGUAAAAUAUUUAUAUUAAAAUAUCAACAUGAUGCACAAUCAGCUCUUACUACUCAGAGAUUGCAUUUAAUAAGAAAUGUUACUGCAAAGGCAUUAAAUCUACAUGGACAUAUUGUAUUAUCAACUGGAGAAAAUUGCACUAAUAAAUACAUAUUCACCAGCAAAUCAGAAGGAUUAAUUGAUGAAGGAUAUAAAAAAUAUGUCUGUGGCAUUGUAAAAAAUUCUCAAACAAAUUCAAAAGAAACAUGUUUUACAUGGGAACAAUAUAUAAAAUAUAAAAUGAACCAACUAGCAGAAUUAAGCGAACAUAAAUUUAUUGAAAAUGAAAAGAAUAAUGCAAAAGAUUUCUUCUUGCAUAAUUUAGCUAAUGCUGUUAUCAUUUUUGAAUUAAUGACUGUGAAGCCAAGUCGAUCAGUUAUUAUUGGAAAUAACAAUGUCGAAGACGAUAGAAAUAUUACAAAUACUAGAGGUGCAUCAUUUGUAUUAUAUAAUACUGCAAGAAUAGCAGCAAUUAUAGCAAAGUACAAUGAAAAGGUAUCACGUGGCGAAUACCCUAGUUUGCCAGACAUAAAAAAUGUCGAUUUUUCACAAUUGCAAGAAGAAGAAGAAUGGGAGCUUAUAUUCAAUUUUGUUUUCGGAUAUUCGCAAAUGAUAAAUGAUUGCCUGAAGUGCGAGCCAAAUUUUUAUAUUUAUCCGCAAGUCGUGUGCUUGUUUUUAUUACGAUUGUGUCAAAAAUUCAGUGUCUACUAUCGAAAAGUCAGAAUUUUAACGGAAGGAGGUGAUCAUUUAAUUCCUAAGAUGGUUGCAAGAUUGUACAUGUUACAUGCGUUGCAAGUUGUCUUUGAGAAUGCAUUGGACAUUUUAGGCAUCAAGCCAAUGAUGCGAAUGUGAAGUAAUUCCGCAGGAAAAAGCAAAAUUAUAUAGCUAAUACAUAACUUAAUAAAUAAAAUUAUUAUACAUA